AUGGAAGAAGUUAUCAAAAGAGGGGAUGGAAGAGAAGCAAAUGAAAUUCGUGCAACAACAAUCAAAAUUGGAGUGAUCAGUGGAGCAAAAGGAAGCUGUUUAAUACAAAAAGAAAACAGUAAAGUCAUAUCAUCUGUACAAAUCAAAACACAAGAUGAAUCAAUAGAUUUUGAAUUUACAGUAAAAGUGACAUUUGCUCAGUUUGGGAACAAUGACUUACUCAACAAAAGAAAAGAAGUUGAGCUUCAAGAAAUCUUAACACAGUCAUUAGUUUCUCGUAUUAAUCAAGAAAGCAAUAAAGGAAAAAUUAUUUGUUUACAAGUAUUUGUUAUGGAGCAAGAUGGAAGUGUUGAAGAUAGCAUAAUCAAUUCUAGUUCAUUGGCAUUAUUUGAUUCAGAAAUUCAAAUGGAUAGCAUUAUCAUUGCAACAACAGUUGUUAAAUUGCCAAUAUAUAACCAAGUUAUUGUUGAUCCAACGGCACUUGAAGAAGAGAAAAAAGAAGGAUCAGUUCUAAUUGCAUGUAUUCCAUCUAACUCUUCUAUCACUCAAAUUUAUAUGAGUGGAGUAUUAGAUCCACAAGAUAUUUCUAGUUGUCUUUCUAUUGCGUUGGAUAGUUGUUGGAAAUUAAACAAAGAAAUAGAGUUAAUUAUACAAUCAAAAAACGUUAAGAUGAUUGAACAUUAA